GCAGGCCUUCUGCUGAAGGGAGUCACAACGCACCAGGCCGACAGUACACCGACGCUUCGCAAGAACCUAGUUCGGCAUUGUCUGAAAACCGCAUGUCAGAAUCGCCUUCACGAGAUCUCAACACAGGAAUGGAAGAAGAGCGUGAGGCUACCGUCAGGGACAUGUCGAUACAGGCCGAUGGUGCUGGCAGAACGAGCGGGACCGAAAUUCAGCACGGCGGAAGGGAUCACUCGGCAUGGUUGGAGAGACCGACUUCUGACAGGACGCAGGAGUACGGACAAACGAUGCGAGAAGACCUCGAGGACCCUGUUGCUCCCAUUCGGUUCUUGCACGCACAGCAGCAACUGUACAACAGGAUACCCGAGCAGAUGCCCAUGAACGCCCUUGCCUACGGCCAGCCGGGACCUCCAUCAACGUCUAGCGUACCGCACGCGGACUAUCGACAAACCGUUCAGCAACAACAGUCGUUCAAUCAACAGACACAUCACGUGCCAUCGGGAAUCUCAUUACCUAUUGACGAUGGUGGCAUGUUCAAUAAUGUCGACCUAAUCUUACAAGCGGCAAGCGAGCGACUCACGGAUCCCGGCAGCGGUGUUUCAGGUAAUAUUGCUGCACCCGGUGUCGUCGGCGGACAACCCUCGCCAAGCGGCUUCCAAUUCAACCUCGAAUCGCCCCUGGACGGCUUACUGACAGAAGAAAUGCUGCACGAUGUCUUUGGUUGGGGGGUCGGAGCGGAAGACUGGCAGAGUCAGAACCCGCUCAUGUACGAUAUGCUCGACUUCGGAAAUUUGGAAAUGAACUUCGCACUGGGCAUGGGUCGGAAUGGCUCGAUGGAAGGUAUUGGAGAAGGGUCGACUACGGGAAUGGAGCGGCUCGGUGUACCGCAGGUGUCUUGGGCGGACCAGCGCAUGGGAGGAUCCUUGCACGGACCUAAUGCCUAUACAGGCGGCUCUACAUCGCACGGGAACGGGAAUAGUCCGCCUGGACCGGUAAGGCAAGAAGACGAGACGGCGUGGCCUCAUGUCUUCAAACCCACAAACAGCGCUCAGCUACGGCGACUCGCCCUCAGCCAACCAGUCUCUGCCCCUCAAACAGGGCUCUUCGGACAGGAUGAUCACCCUUUCAUCGAUCCUGAAAAGGUAGGGACUCUCGUACGACUAGCUCAUGUUGCCCAUGAGACUCCCUACGGCAGUGGAAUCGACGUCAACAACUUUCCAGAUGCUUCAGUCUUAUCCACCUGUAUUACGCUAUACUUUCGCCAUUUCCAUCCCGUCAUGCCGAUCCUCAGACAAGAUGCAUUUGUCAAGGCGGCCUGGAGCGGAACAAAAGAGCGCAUAGGGAGACGACCGCAAGAUGAACCCCAACACGCUCUUCUCAUCCUGACGAUGUCGGCUAUCGGUGCCACCUACGGAUCCGAGGACUGGAAACCGUUGGCUUCUUAUCUACACGAGUUAGGCAGGCGAGUUGGAAAGUAUCUUCUUGACAGCGAUCCUCGAUCCAUGUUUUCUAUUCCAUACAUUCAGUCCCGCUUGCUUCAAGCCUUGGCGGGCUAUGCCAACGGAUCGAGGGAACUCUAUCUGGAGGCGGAAAUCUCGCGUGGUCUGCUUGUUACAGCGGCCCGGCGAUUACACCUUUUACGGCAAACUCAGGGAAGACCAAUCCGGUUCAAUGCCCCCGAAGCAAGCACGGCACCCAGUCGAGCAGAUAUGACAGCCGGUGAACAGGUGUCCCGUUCGUCUAUCCUUGCGAGCAAUAAUGAAGCCUUGGCCGAGAGCCUCCGGAGAGAUCAGGAAAAGCAAUGGAAAAGAUGGCUAGAGGAGGAGGAGCGUUGCAGGUUGGGCUGGGGAAUCUACCUCUUCGACGCGCAGCUGGGCUGUCUGCUAGGUAUACCUUGCCAGAUAGCGACGUCAGAAAUCGUCAAAAGACUUCCGAGCGACGAAGAGAUAUGGGAAGCCACCACUGCGUCGAGCUGGGCAACGCUUAACACUACCCAAACAAGGUCUCCGACGUCAGCGGCUACCUCAGCAGCGAGCGGCUUUUCAGGCAUACUCGCAGCUCUCUUAAAAUCGAGAGAUCUUCGAAGCCGUCUGUCUGACUUUGGCAGCAACGUUAUUGCAUACUCCCUGUAUCGCUUAAGUGACGAUUCGAACAAGAUCGACCGCUUGUUCGGGCUAGAGGAAGCUACGUCGCCUGAACUCGACGGUUCGAUGUCGGCCCGACACAUCAAUAAGCCCUUCGGGGUCUUGGAAGCUCUGGCUGAAUCCUCUCAAGCGAGGGGUGUAGCACGUUCCUCGUUCCUGGUCUACAACAUCGCGCUGCACCACCACGCGCAUUUGCGAUUCAUUCACCCCGACUUUUUGGACAUGGUCCGGCUUGCAGCAGGAAAACACCAGACCGAAUCGAGCCGCCGAGAGUCUCGAAUGUGGCUGAAGCAUUGGCUGGCAGCUUCGGAGUCCCUUGCGAGAAGGAUCUUCGCGCAUGCCGCUCAGCUGUCUACCUUGCUCGGCAAGUGGACAUUCGAUGCGCCGUGGGAACCAAUCUGGCUUUUGGAUUGCGCUCUCGCGAUGUGGGCUAUUUUACAGUUCCUUCCCGAGGCGGUACCUCAAGCGGGACCAGAGAGGCUUUCGAGAAAUAUCAUCAAAUGGGACGAUUCGCCUGACCGCUGGAUCAAAGAAGGAGGUCCGAUCCGAUUUCAAGGCAUCGGAUAUGUGCUCAACUCGGAGAACAUCCUCACGGACUUUAUCGGCAGGCUCGAGGCGUCUCCCUGGGGACUGGGCAUGUUGUACAAACCCGUGGUAGCCCGUCUGCUACGAGAGUCGCAGUCUGGGGCGGCUGUAGAUCCGUGAGCCAGGAUGUGGACAGAGCUGUGCCGCUUUCGCUUUAUUCCAGAUCAUGCUUGGGCGAACAGCAUGCGGCCGGACAGCAAGCCAGUUGGCUAGUCUCGCAUGAUAUAGAUUCUACAUGCCCUCACCU